AUGAACUAUAACCCGUUUUGCCAAGCCAAGAUUUUCAUCUUCGUUCUUAGCGCUAUAGCAGCCAGUCUAUCCCCUGCUGAGGGAAUACCACUAGUUAAAGAAUGCACAAGAUACAAACCCUUUGUUAAAGACUGGAUUUGUCAAAAGGAAACAUUCGACGCGCACAAAAUUAACUAUGAGCUGCUCUCAAGCCAAAUCGUGACGGGUACGCGAAGGCAAUAUCACGGAUCCAAAUAUAUUCCUGAAACCAGUGAAUGUGUUGUAGACAUAGACAAACCUGCACCAGUCAUUGCUAAAGUGAAAACCAGGCAUCGUCUCAUUCAGUUUGAAGAGCUAUGUAAAAUGAGAAAAAUUCCUAUUUGGAAUGUAUUCCAUUUUCUCAACAUCGGUAACAGAACUCAACGAUUCGAAUGUAUAGUUGUCAAUACAGACUGGACAAAACAGGAUAUGUAUUACGCAGAGUGUGUAAACCCAGUUGUUAAAUCGCACGACAAAUGCCAAAUGGACUAUGGUACCCGUGAAGAAUUUAGAUGCGUUCAAUCAGGAUUUGUCGAAAAGCGUAUUUUGGUAUACUGUCCCGCUGCAGAUGACUACGCAUUCAAAAUAGUAAAGGUUCCUACAACUUGUAGCUGUAGAAAGUGUUUCCACUGCGAAGGAACGGAAUUGCUGUUUGCUGAUUUACUCGCCGGUCUGAACAACCGAUUUACACAACCAAUCACCCCUAUCAAAGUGAAACCCAUGGGCUGCAGCAAAUAA